AUGCCGCGGGCUUUGAAGACCAAGUCUAAGGCGACUGCCGACAAACGCCUUCAACAAAAAUCCCUCUUCGAUUUCGCAGGCGGCUCGAACACGGCUAAACCUGCGGCGUCUUCGUCGAGGGCAGCUAUGCCAUCCAAAUCCUCUCCCAUCCGUCCUCGCAACACCCCAAUGAAACGCAAACGACGGCGCGCCGCUUCUGUUGACUCUGAUGAGCAAGGGUCUAGCAGCGACGUCGCGGCAAUUCAUUUUGAACCCCGGCCACCUAUUGAAUUAUCUGAUAGCGAUGACGAGCGACCUCCACGACGGCUUCAUAAGAAGAAGGAGAUAAAUGUGUCCUCUUCUGCUGACUACAAUGCUCGGGAUUCCGACUCUGACAUGGAUGAUGUGCCCUCCCCUAGAAAGAAAAGGCUGGUGAAAAGGUCGACGGUGACUACGCUCUCGGACUCGUCGGAUAAUGAGGAACAUGAGCCAGCCCCAAAGCGCCGUAAACUAGCGAAAGGGAAGAGGCCGACCGUAUCAGAGCUGUCAGAUGAUAGUGGCGACGAAGUGGAUGAAGCGCAAAUCCUCGAAUCUCGGCUGCGAAAGCGGGGAAAGAAGUCGAGCUUUCAGAAAAACUUGGAGAAAUUGAAGAAAAGGAGAGGUGGUCAGACAGCUGAGACUUCGUCUGAGGAGGAAGAGGAAGAGAGCGAAGGUGAAGAUAAGGACGAGGAAGACGAGCCCGUGCCAUUCUUUGGCGCUCGACGCGAUGGGACCGAAGACAUAGAAGAAGAGGGCACCAGUCACCAAUCCCGCGAGGACGAGGACGACUUCAUCGUCGAGGAUGACGCUGCGACAACGAACCUCCCCGCGGAGUUCAGCAUGGCUGCGCGUCAAGACCCUGCCCACCUGUUCAAGAUUGUCUGCCAGCUUUUCGUCCAUCUAGCCGUGCGCCCCGCACGAGAGCGCCAUAACUACAUGCAGCAAAUUCUCAAAGGAGACGGUCAAAACGAGGAAUACUUUGCAGUCCCACUCGUCAUGACGCGCAAUAAGCUCUCCGGUCUACGCGAUUCCGUUGCAUCCUCGGUUUGGCGUCCCGGUCUCAAGAAAGCAUUAUUGGCUUUGCCAGACUUCACCCUGUCGCAUCUGGAUUUUGCCGUUCCUCAUUGUGAUGCAUGCCAUCUCGGCGGGCGCAUGUCCACCUUCCUGGGGCGUGCGAGUGGACAACCUUACGAUCGAGAUUCUUUUGAGCCCAUUAAGAAGUCUAGUGACGACGAAGAGUCGAGCGGCGACGACGAUGAGGACGAAGAUGCAGAUGAAGUCAAAGAGUUCAACCUCGGUCGUUUCUGCGCCGCAAGAGUACAGGUCUUUCACCGGUUCUCGCACUGGGAGUAUACGCUAUUCGAAGCGAUCAAGUCGGAACUCGACCACCUUCGUGGCGGUGGUAACUUUGUGAGAGUCGGCUUUUGGAAAGGAUUGCAGCCACCCGAGGACCUUGCGGACGCGGACGGCGUCAUGGACUGGCUUGAUCAGCGCGGGUUCAUUCAGAUGGAAUGGCAGCGCAUCAAGGACAUGAUGAGUAGUGCGAGCAGGCUUGAGGGCGGCCGGGAGGAUGAUCAAGACCUUGAUUUGAGCUGA